CACGCACGCACUAAGAUGUUCAUUCCUCUGCGUUUUUCUUUUUUUGAUCAACCAAAAAUCAUUCCUCUGCGAUUAGAAUAAGAAAAAGAGAGGGGUUUCUCCGAUCAACCGUCAACGACAGCAAACUAUGGAAAUGGAAACAGAAGUCUCAGGAGAGAAGCAGAUAGUGGUGCUUCUGAUUGGUCCCCCAGGAAGCGGCAAAUCGACUUUCUGUGACUCCGUUAUGAAAUCAUCUCACCGCCCUUGGUCUCGCAUCUGUCAGGACAUUAUUAACAAUGGCAAAGCUGGAAACAAAGCUCAGUGCCUAAAGAUGGCUACAGAAUCCCUCAAGCAAGGGAAGAGCGUCUUUAUUGACAGAUGCAAUCUUGACAGGGAACAGCGCUCCGAGUUUAUUAAGCUCCAGCUCCUCGGUGGUGGUCCCCAUGUUCAAGUCCAUGCAGUGGUUUUGGAACUUUCUGCUCAGGUUUGCAUAUCUAGAUCAGUCAAAAGAAGUGGUCAUGAGGGUAAUCUACAAGGCGGAAGAGCUGCUGCUGUUGUCAAUAAGAUGCUUCGGAGUAAGGAACUUCCUAAACUGACUGAAGGUUUCUCUCGGAUUCUCUUUUGUUACAACGACGCAGAUGUGGAGAAUGCUGUUAAAACAUACACCACGCUUGCUCCAAUGGAUACUCUUCCUUCCGGCUCUUUUGGACUUAAGAAUCCUGACACCAGGUCAACCCAACCCGGUAUUAUGAACUUCUUUAAGAAAGUCACCGCGGUUCCUGCCUCAUCUUCUAUUGAAGCUACAACUCCCAAAGCUCAUGAAAAUACAGAAGAUGUCCUCCCAGUUUCCCCAUCUAAGCUUGGUUCUGUUGUACCCACUACAUUGGCAUUCCCUUCGAUCUCGACUGCAGAUUUCCAGUUUGACAUUGACAAGGCAUCUGACAUCAUUGUCGAGACAGCAGAGGAAUUCCUGCCUAAACUCGGGUCUGCACGGCUUGUCUUGGUGGACUUGAGCCAUGGGUCAAAGAUUCUGUCUUUGGUCAAGGCUAAGGCUUCUCUAAAGAACAUUGACUCUGCAAGGUUUUUCACCUUUGUUGGAGACAUAACUAAGCUUCAUUCCCAAGGCGGUCUGCGCUGCAAUGUUAUUGCUAAUGCUGCUAACUGGAGGCUUAAACCUGGAGGUGGAGGCGUGAACGCAUCGAUAUUCAAAGCUGCUGGUCCAGAUCUCGAGGCUGCGACAAGAGCACGAGCAAACACUCUUGUGCCUGGAAAAGCCGUGGUAGUUCCUCUUCCUUCUACUUGCCCGUUACAUAACGCUCAAGGCAUUACACAUGUGAUACAUGUCCUAGGACCAAACAUGAAUCCAAACCGACCAGACUGCCUUAACAACGACUACACCAAGGGCUGCAAAAUUCUUAGGGAGGCUUACACAUCACUCUUUGAAGGUUUUUUGUCGACAGUAGAGGAUCAAUCAAAGUUGCCUAAACGAAACAAUCAAGCAACUGCGUCAGAUUCCGAGAGGAACAAGAAGUACAAGGGGACACAAGACAUGGCCAUAGCUAGUAAUAUGAAAUCUGGGACUGUGGAUGAUGCUAGAGACGGUGGAAAGAAGAGGAGUAAAGGAUGGAGCUCAUGGGCAUUGGCACUCCACGUUAUCGCGAUGCACCCAGAGAAACACGAGAAUGUCGUGCUAGAAUCUUCAGACGACAUUGUUGUGAUAAACGACCAGUACCCAAAGGCGCGGAAACACGUGCUAGUAGUGGCGAGGCAGGAGAAUGUAGAUGGGCUUGAAGACGUUGGCAGAGAAAAUAUUAAACUUGUUGAGGAAAUGCACAACGUUGGUAUGAAAUGGGUUAAGAGGUUCCAGGACGAGGAUGCAUCUCUUAUCUUCCGCCUUGGAUAUCACUCGGUUCCUUCAAUGCGACAACUACAUCUACACGUCAUAAGCCAAGACUUUGAAUCCGAUCACUUGAAGAACAAGAAACACUGGAACUCUUUCACAACCUCCUUCUUCCGUGACUCGGUGGAUGUGCUUGAAGAGGUCAAGAGCCAAGGCAGGGCCAAUGUGGAGAGUGAAGCUGUUUUGAAAGGUGAGUUGCGUUGCAAUCGGUGUAGAAGCGCACACCCGACUAUCUCCAAACUCAAAUCGCAUAUCAGAUCCUGUUCUUCUCACUUCCCUCACCAUUUACUCCAAACCAGUCGUCUUUUGGCUCGACCAGGGACUUCAAAUUAACUGACCGGUUUUGGAUUGUUAUUUUUUUGUGGUUUUAAGAAUUGGAGAAGCUAGUCAUUUUGUUUCUUAAACUCGCCGGCUUUUGUUGUUAACUUCUUGUAACUUCCAGUGAAGAAAAAGGAAGCUAGUCAAGUGUCGCAUGUAAUUUUAAGGGGAUUGUUAUUUUAGCCUCUAA